GAGAAUGUCAGAGUCUCGUGCUGCAGCUGCAACUGACGAAGACUUUUUGGCGGCUGUGGUGGAUGCUGAGCAGGACGAGUUUGAAAAACAGACAGAAGAGGACCUGAGGUUGAGGAUGACUCCUCUUCCCAUGCAGAGUGGAGAGCAUCCUCUAGAGUGCUACUACACCCUGUGGUACUCCAAGCGACUGGCCCCCACCCGAAUGCGCAACUUGAGCUAUGAUGACUUGGUCAAAGCAGUGGUCAGCUUCCAGUCUGUGGAACAAUUUUGGCAGGUGAGUCUGCAGACGAUGGCGCCCUCCCAGAUCCCCCAUAGCAGCUCCUACCACCUGUUCAAGAAUGGAGUGCGUCCCCUUUGGGAGGACAGUGCGAACAGGAGAGGGGGCAAAUGGUUCGUGAGGGUGAGGAAAAACUACGUUGACAGGUGUUGGGAGAAUCUGCUUCUCGCCCUCCUCGGAGAACAGUUCAUGGUGGGCGAAGAAAUCACUGGAGUAGUGCUAGCCAACAGGCCUCAUCAGAGUGUCAUAUCGGUAUGGACGAGAACCUCAAACAACGAAGCGCUUAAGACACGCAUCAGAGACGUGAUGAGGCGAGUCAUGCAGAUACCGCAGAACAUUCCAAUUGAGUACAGAGCACACGAAGACAGUCUUGGAAAUGUGGACUCCUUGGUGCAAAGCAACCAAGGUGGUCCACAGAAUAGUCACAGAGGGGAAAGGGGGAUUCAACACAGUAGUCAGCAUUCAUCAUCGCACCAACUGUCAAACAGUAGCAGUAGUAAUGACUUUGCAAGAGGAGUUGAGUUGAUAGAACAACUAAAACAAUAAACGCAUUUCUUUUUGUUAUAUUAGGCUGCUAUUUUCAUUUCGGUUGACAUGUUUUAUUUAAAUUGGCAAUGCCAUGUGUCUGCAAAAGAAAAAGAGCGAGCAACAGAAAGGAGCAAAACUCUGGAUCUUAGUAUGACUUAUCGGAAGUUUUGGCUCAAGAUGUUUAAAAAACUGAAAUGGAAAUCGCAUUGUUUUUUGAGUGAAUCUUUGCUUUUCUGAAGCAAAAAUAGUCUUUGGGGUUUCGUGCAUCAAUUUGAGGAGAGCUGACUUACUAUAGUGCAAUUAACUGAAUGAUUGACAUAGCAGUACUAAUAGAAAAUUUUCUUAUGCCAUUUUUAA